AUGAUCUCGUCGUGCUUGAGCAGCGCGAGCACGUGCUCGUUGCAGAUGCAGCAGCCCAUGACCAUAGGCCAAAAGUACCCGUACGGCAGCGGCCAUCGCCGCCACCACCACCACUACCCUCCACCGAAGCCGCGCACGCAGCGCAAGCGCUCCUGCCUGCGCAAGGAGAGCGCCUUCUCCUGCGGCGGCGCCGCACGCGGCUCGCGGCUGGACGAGCUGUCGGCGACCAAGAUGAUCACGGUCAGCUACUCGGCUCAGCCCAAGAAGACGCUCUCGUUCGCGGACCAGCGCGGCCAGCACCUGGUGCUGGAGCGCGAGUUCUGCCCCAAGGACGCGCCCGUGUGCUACUGUGACGUCCCCAUCGAGGUCACGCUGGGCCGCCUGACUCGCCGGCGCAGCAGCAGCUUGGACAAGUGGAUCGAAGAAACCCUGGCGCGCCAGCACCUGCUGUCCAUGUGCGUCGUCUCGCUGCUGGGCUGCGCCCUCAUUGGGCUCCGCCAGACCGCCAAGUAGGCGCGCGCCAGCACACCCCAGCCUCCCACCUGUACCAGUAGCUUUAAUUAUUUUUUCAUGCAUCACUUCGUGAAAGUGCAGUUGCAUGAGGAACUCCAAUUUAUUAGUAAUAACAAACAAGCAGU